GCUUUAUUUUUUUUAUGUUCCUGCUUGAUCAUCAAUUCUGUCAAAUGAUAGUUUCGGUCAAUGCUUUAUGAUUUUUACCUUCUCUUGGUUUAUCUAUGAAUUAUGAUAGAAUAAUGCCGAUUCUGCUUUACAGAAGUAUAUCAAUAUUUCUCUUUAUAUAACAUGUUUAAAAGAUAUGUUUUUAUUCAGUUAACCUAGUAUUUCAAUUUUGCGUAGAAAUGAGGCAUGUACCUAUCUUUUGUUGAAAAGGGUUGGGUAUCAAUCAGUAAAGCUGGCGGCACCGUCACCGCCAACCGCAAUGGCGACUGUGACCGGCACCCUUCUGCGCCGCUGCUCGCGGCUCUCAGCGGCAGCCGCUCCGCUGAGCACCAGCGCGCGCGCCCUGGGCGGCGGCGGCCUGCCCACCGUGGUCGAGAGGCACGGCAACCGCAUGGUAAUCGGGUACGGCUUCAACGGCGAGCCCAACUACAUUGACCGCGUCGACUACCCGAUCCCGGCCGUCCGCUUCAAGGAGGACAACGCUCAGAUCAAGGUCCUGCGUGAGAAGGAGCGCGGUGACUGGAAGAAGCUGACCAAGGAGGAGGUGCAGGAGCUGUACCGCGCCACCUUCUGUCGCUCCUUCGCCGAGAUGCAGGCGCCCACCGGCGAGUGGAAGCUGGUGCUGGGCGGCACCAUGCUCGCCUGCUCCAUCGCCGUCUGGAUCUACCUCUUCAUGAAGGUGUUCGUGUACGAGAAGCUGCCGGACACCAUCACCAACCCGGAGAAGGUGGAGGCGCAGGUGCAGCGCAUGAUCGACCUCCGGAUGAACCCCGUCCAGGGCAUCGCCUCCGAGUGGGACUACGAGAAGGGACAGUGGAAGAACUAAUCGCCCCGCUCCGAAUGGAAAAUAGAGACGUGUGCGCGACGAUUUUCGCGCUCCGAGUGCGUGGGAGGAUGAGUGUCUAUAUCUGGACGUGAUCAUGUCAAAGAGGAACGCGGGUAAUGCUGUCCCCAUUUAAUAGAUUCUACCUCCUGGA